AUGCAGAGUAGUGAGCAUUCUGAAACCAGGUGCAAGGGGAAGGAAUCCCUGGUCGUACACGUAAUGCGAAAAGACAUCCACGAGAUCCUCGACGGCGCGCAACCGUCGAAUCCCGUGGGAGGCCGCGUAAGCAAAGAGCUCGCCACAACUCUCAUUAAUGUCGUACUCGAUUAUGCCGCCGUAUUUGUUCGUGUCAUUUUCGAUGCUGAUCUCGUGGAUCGGGGCGGAUUCGUGACGGCGUGA